AUGACUGAAAACCGCUCGCAAGAAGUGUAUUUGGGUAAUAUGGAAGCAUCUGUUGUUGACGCCCUUGUGAAGUUCUGCUACUCUGGAGAGAUAAAUAUUAGUAACGCCAAUGUAUUGAACAUUCUAUCCACUGCUCGUUUGUUUCAAUUGGACCAGGAGUUGUGUCGUGAAUUCCUGAAAAGAAAGUUGGAGCCGUCCAGUUCCUUGGUAGUACGACCGGUUACCGACAGUAUUUCGUGUCCUGAAGCCGACGAGAAUGUCUUGCAUAACUUCGAAAAUGCUGUGAAUACGGAAAAAGCUCAUGAAAUUCUCGUUAACCAACUAGUUGAACUGAUUUUAAAUGAAGAGCUAAGUGUACGAUUAAUGGCGCAGAUUGUUAAUGCAGUGCUUCGGUGGAUCAGGUCCGACCUGUCAGCUCGAAAACAAUUUCUAUCAGAGAGCUCAUGGCAACUAUCUGCACCCGAACGACUCAGCAAGCAGUUACUAAGCACCCAUCAGAAGGAUUCAUCCAAAUUUCGUGAAGUAUUAUACGUUGGUAUGACGAAAGCUAGCAGGUUUUUUCCCUGCUUCAACAUUGCGAUUCUGGGAUGGCACUGGGAGGAUACGGCCACGCUUCCGGAGAAUACUUCGAUCCUUGGGGAGAAAUUCCCAGUGUGGCGUCGAAUCCCCUCCAUGAGCAUUACAAGAGCAUAUGCCGGCGUUGCUGCUCUCGACGAUUUGCUUUACGUUGUUGGCGGCUUGAGUGACGGAAAGCGUGUGAAUAGUGCUGAGAGGUAUUAA